AUAGUUUUGUUUUUUUUUAUGCUUUAAUUUAAUUAGAUUUAUUUCCAUGAAAUGUCAACCGAAUGACUUGUGCCGUGUUCCCGCGCCUUCCCAGCUUCUGCAAAUGUCGAAGUAGAAAAACAUUCCCUUCGCCAGAUUUUGCUUCGUGUGCAGUUGGUAUUGUUGUGUUUUAAGUUAGUUUCUAUAUUUUAACUUUCCCAAGGGCUAGGUGCACUGCGCAGCAAGCAGAAUGAGUGCACCAUCGAACUCGAAGAGCGCCACUGGCCAACCGGGAGCUUCGGGUUCGAGCGCCCCCACUACGGUGCAGGAGUUUGUGAUUCGUGUGCCGAAGAAUCUGAAAAAGAAGUAUCAUGUCAUGCGGUUCAACGCGACGCUCAACGUCGACUUUACCCAGUGGCGGACGGUGAAGAUGGAGCGCGAAAACAACCAGAAGGAGUACAAGGGCAUCGAGGAGGUGAUGCCCAAGUUCGGUGCCGGCUCGGAGUUCAAUCGGGAUCUGCGCGAGGAGGCACGCCGCAAGCGGUUCGGUAUUAUUUCGAAAAAGUACAAGCCCGAAGCGCAGCCCUGGAUUUUGCGUGCCGGUGGCAAGAGUGGCAAAAUGUUCCGUGGCAUCCGGGAGGGUGGCGUGGGCGAGAAUGCUGCGUUUUACGUGUUUACACACGCACCGGACGGGGCGAUCGAGGCGUACCCGCUGAACGAGUGGUACAACUUUCAGCCGAUUAACCGAUACAAAGCACUGUCCGCGGAGGAAGCGGAGCAGGAGUACGGUCGGCGCAAGAAGACGAUGAACUACUUCUCGCUCAUGUUCCGGAAGCGGCUAAAGAAGGGCGAGGAUAACGAGGCCGACGACCAGGAGGAAACAAAGGGCAAGAAGGGAGAGGGAGGCAAGAGCAAGGAUUUGAAGAUCAGCGACAUGGACGAGUGGAUCGACUCGGAUGAGGUGUCGUCGUCGGGCGACGAUGACGAUGAGGGCAAGUCGAAGCAGAAGGACAGCGACGACGAUGCGAAGGAUAAGAAGGCGAAGAACAAAAAGAAGGCACUGGCGGACAGCAAGAAGAAGAAGCGGGACGUGGACGAGGAAGCGUUCGAAGAGUCAGACGAUGGUGAUGAGGAGGGGCGCGAGCUGGACUACAUCUCGGACUCGAGCGACAGCGAGUCGGACCACGACGCGAAGGUGGUGAAGGAGAUGAAGUCCGUCGCGGAGGAAGACGCACUGCGGAAGCUGCUGACCUCGGAAGAAGAUUCGGAGGAGGAGGAAAAGAAAUCGGAGGAGGAUGAGGAAAAGGAGGACGAGAAGAAUGGCAAAUCCAAGGAGAAGGACAAGGAUGGCAAGGAAAAGGAAGGCAAAGAAAGCAAGAAGAAGAAGAAAGCAAAGAAGAACAAGAGCAAAAAGUCGGAAUCGGACAAAAAGGACUCGUCCAGCGAUUUCAGCUCGGACAGCUCGGAUUCCGAUACGGCCAGUGCGAAGAAAAAGCCGAAAGACAAGAAGAGCAAGGAAGGCGUUGGGUCGAAUUUGUCCAGCGCAAACAAUUCGCGCUCGGCCUCGCCUAGCGUGAGCCAGUUCGAUUCGAACAAGCGCAAAAUGACCGGCUCCAAUAUGCCGACGACGGAUCUGACCGGAUCGGAUAAUAGCAACAGUCCCGUCUCUACGCCAGCUAAAAAGGUUAAGACGGACAUUACGCCGUCUCUUCCGCCCACUUUCGCUGGCAUCGUUAAUGCCACAAGCAAAGAUUUUUUCUCUCUCUCUCUUUCCACAGUGAUUAUGAUGCGCAAACCGAUGACCACGACGGAACUGCUGACCAAGUUCAAGAACAAGAAGACGGGUGUGUCGAGCGAGAAGCUGGUCGAAACCAUGACCCAAAUACUGAAACGCAUCAAUCCGGUCAAACAGACCAUACAGGGCAAAAUGUAUCUCAGCAUAAAGGUGCCGAAGUGAGCGCAAAAAAGAUUAAAAUUGAGGAGUGGCGAAACGCAUCGUAAGCACUAGCAGUAAUUUUAAAGCAGGAAAUUUAAACAAAUAAACUUUUGGUUCUUACAAAUAGGAAA